AUGGGGAAGACGCGCGUCAUCUCCAAGGGUUACCGCCACGGCACCCGCGACAAGUAUUCCAAGAAGUACCGCACGAAGGGCAGACCCGGCAUCGCCCGCUACCUUGUGAACUUCAAGCGUGGAGACUACGUCGACAUCGUGGCAGAUCCCUCCAUCCAGAAAGGCUUGCCCUACUCCCUCUACCAUGGUCGCACCGGCAUCGUGUUCAACGUCAACCUCAACGCUUUGGGCGUAGAGAUCACCAAGAUUGUGGGAAACCGCCAGCUGCGAAAGCGUAUCCAUGUGCGCAUUGAGCACGUGCGCAAGUCUCGCUGCAACGAGGCCUUCAAGAAGCGCGUGAAGGAGAACGACCGCAAGAAGCAGCAGGCCAAGGCUGAGGGCAAGACCAUUUCGGUGAAGCGCCAGCCAGAGGGGCCCAAGGAAAAGAAGACGGUCGAGGCCAACCCAGAUGAGGUGGAGGUGUUGGCGCCCCUCCCUUUCGUGGAGAAUUACUUCUGA